GUGUCCCGGAAGCGGUGCGGCGGCGCUGUGACACGUCGCAGCGGGUCGCCGACAUGUCCGGCUUCGACAGCUUCAACGCCGACUACUUCCAGAGCAGCUACAGCAUCGACGAGCAGGGCCAGCCCUACGACUACGGCGGGAGCGACGGCGCCUACAGCCGGCAAUUUGAAGGCUAUGACUAUUCUCAGCAGAGCGGAUUUUUUCCCCCAGAAAUGAUGCAACAGCAGCAGCCCUACAUGGGGCAGAUUUAUCAGCCAACGCAGACGUAUACUCCAACUUCGGCACAGUCUUUUUAUGGAAGUAGCUUUGAGGAUGAGCCUCCGCUAUUGGAAGAAUUGGGGAUCAACUUCGACCACAUCUGGCAGAAGACGCUAACAGUUCUGCACCCGUUAAAAGUAGCAGAUGGCAGCAUCAUGAACGAGACUGACUUGGCCGGACCAAUGGUCUUCUGUCUAGCCUUUGGAGCCACACUGCUGCUGGCUGGUAAAAUUCAGUUUGGUUAUGUGUAUGGAAUCAGUGCAAUUGGAUGUGUAGGGAUGUUUUGUCUCCUGAACCUAAUGAGCAUGACGGGUGUCUCAUUUGGCUGCGUGGCCAGUGUCCUUGGAUAUUGUCUUCUUCCUAUGAUCUUACUUUCCACUUUCGCCAUUGCAUUUUCAUUGCAGGGCAUGAUGGGAAUUAUUCUCACUGCUGGAAUUAUUGGCUGGUGCAGCUUUUCWGCUUCCAAAAUCUUUAUUUCUGCCUUAGCAAUGGAAGGACAACAACUCCUAGUAGCAUACCCCUGUGCUUUAUUGUAUGGAGUCUUUGCUCUUAUUUCUGUGUUUUGAAUAGACUGUACAAAUUAUUGGACUCCAGUGGGCCAAAAUGAAAAGAUCAACUUGGAACAUUUAGUUGGACCAGAAGCAGCUGCAAACAGUUAUAUAAUACUGCUAUCAUGAAACUUAGACCCGGUUUGAAUUAUUUGGAACGAUGGGAACAAAUGUCUUUUGUUCACUUUUUUAGGACUUUGAAUACUGUUUUCAAUUGACCUAAGGUGUCUAUAGCUUUAAUAAGUAUUCAUGCUUAUAAAGUUAAUGUAAUUUCUUUCCCAUUCCUAAAAUCUUUGGAAAAGUCACUUUUGUUUAUCUGAGGGUUAUUUGGGGYGGGGGGCGGGGGGUUGAUGAGUAAGGGAGGGAGGAAGGCUGCAGUUACAAUGUCCUUGAUAGAUUUUUAUCAGCAAAGGUAAAUAAAACCACAGAUAUAAAUCUGAGUUUCUCUGAAUAAUUCUGCAAUAAUAAUCUAUUUCCUGUCCCYUCUUACAAAAAAAUGAAAUGCACAAAGGAAUUCAAGCAAUUAGAAUAUUUUGUAUAUCUCAACAAAUACACUCUUAAGCUUUUUGGUCUCUUAUGUGUUCAUUUAUGGUGAUAGUAUUU